AUGAUUAGAACUGACGGAAAUAAAGAAUGUUUUCUUCUUUUCUUCUUCUUCUUCUUCUUCUUCUUCACUUUCUUUCUUUUUCUUCUGCUUCUUUUUCUUCUUCUUUUUCUUCACUUUCCUUCUUUUUCUUCUGCUUCAUCUUCUUCCUUUUCUUCUUCUUCUUCACUUUCCUUCUUUUUCUUCUGCUUCUUUUUAUUCUUCUUCUUUUUCUUCUUUCUCUUCACUUUCCUUCUCUUUCUUCUGCUUCUUUUUCUUCUUCCUUUUCUUCACUUUCUUUCUUUUUCUUCUGCUUCUUUUUCUUCUUUUUCUUCACUUUCCUUCUCUUUCUUCUGCUUCUUUUUCUUCUUCCUUUUCUUCACUUUCUUUCUUUUUCUUCUGCUUCUUUUUCUUCUUCUUCUUCUUAACUUUCCUUCUUUUUCUUCUGCUUCUUGUUCUUCUUCUAUUUCUUCUUCUCCACUUUCCUUCUUUUUCUUCUUCUUCUUCUUCUUCUUUGCGAUUCUACCAACCAUUUAUUAUUUUUAUUUUUCUCAUAUUUUUUCUUUUUUUUUUCUUUUUAAUAUUUUCUUUUAUCUGUUUAUUUUUCUUUUUUUUCUUAUUUUUUCUUUCGUUUUUUCUUUUUCUUUUUUAAUUCGAUCUUAUUAUUUUUUUCUUUCUUAUUCUUUCGAAAUUUUUACUUUUUCCUUCUUAUAUUUUUUCGGUUUUUCUGCUUAUUUCUUUUUCUUUUUUUUCUUUUUCUUUUUCUUUUUUCUUCAUUAUUCUCUCUUCAUUUUCUCUUCUUCAUUUUCCUUCUUCAUUAUUCUUCUUCAUUUUACUUUCUUCAUUUUUCCUUCUUCCUUUUCCGUCUUGAUUAUUCCUUCUUCAUUUUUUUCUUCAAUUUUUCUGUCACAUUGUGUCCUUUUUCUUUCAUUUAUUGUUCUAUUUAUUUUUCUCUUUUUGCAUGAAAUUUACCUUGUUUUUCACUCUUUCCCUUUUUUUUUCUCUUCUUCUCCGUCCCUUAACUACAGCCCACGGGCCAUUGUAUGGCCGUACACUCCAUCCACGGCAGAAUCUAAUUCUUUGAUAUACUUCUUGUUUUCACUUCUUUUUCGAUCAUAA